GCUGCGAAGUGCAGCAUUUUGAUUUGGUCGUGAUCCGCGUCACACCCUCUUCAGCUGCUCACGAAAUUCCACAUGUAAUACACCUUAAAUUUGACGCCGAUAAUUUCAUCUUCGAGGUUACAACACGCCCUAUUAAAGGUGCCCAUCGUCGUCCUCGUUCUUCUCCGUUUCGAAAGUAUCCGGUGCGAAAAAAUUCCAUCUCUGUUCACGCAUCAUCCCUUUGACAUGGGAAAAAAGAAGAAAAUGAAUCGUCUAAUAUCGAGAUGGAUGAGAAGUGACCUGCCGGACGAUCGGUCCCCGGUUUUGCUUCUGGGGGUCGCGAAAAUUCCGACAUCUCCAAAGAGCACUCCGCGGGGUGUUUUAACCGCUACAGUUCAACCGUCGUCGAACGCGCUGCCCAAGAAGGAUGGUGCGCAAAGUAAAACGGUCGUAAGGAAGAAAUUUGUUGUUACGCCGUGCAAGGAAAAUACGUUACCCACUACUACAACAGCUACCACUGCUACCGAACGUUAUCCAAGCGUGCAAGUUAACGAUGUGCUCCCUGUUGUUCUUGCUCCAAGCGAAACUGUAGCUAUUAUGGAUGAUAUAGACACGGAGGGGCACCGUGUAGGUGCUUCAAUUAAUUCCGCGGAUACUAAAGAUUUAAAUUUCGAUCACAAUUCUUCAAGUUCAGAAGCAAUAAAAGCAUCCCGCGCAUCAACUGGUUGUGGAGGUGAACACCGAUUACCAUCGUACCUGAGUUUGGCGUGUACAGUGAACGGUUAUUCCUCGACGACAAACUACGAUCCUGAAAGGUUAGCCCGUUCUAGGGACGCCUCACCACAUCGGCCGUUCGGCCACAAUGUCGACGGUUUGACCACCGCGUACACCGUUUGCAACAAUUUACUUUCGCCACCGAAUCUCGUCCCAUUACCGCCAAUUUCGGACCACGACACCGCCGACGUCAACAUGUCGGAAAACGGCGUUACAAUUACCACUCAAUCCACCACCACAUACAGACACGAAUACCAUCAUCACCAAUUAUCAAAUAGCUUAACUAUGUCUUAUAAUCUCGCUUCGUCCGAUACUGUAGAUACAUGCGCCAACAAUGGUUUUAAGGGUUCUAAUAUAGUUUCGAGCUGCGAUAAAGAAAAUAAUAACUCCAAAUCGUUUAUACAGCAACGUGUUGAGCGGUUGUACGGACCAGGGGCGCUCGCUCAAGGAUUUUUUGUUAUGAAAAAGCAGAAAAACAAAAGCUAUGAACUUGAACAUAUUGCCAGGUGUAAGGCUGCUAGCGAAAAGCACUCAAAGUCGAUGAACGAGCAAGGUUUUCGUCAUGAUGAUGAUACUUCUGAUGGUGAUUCAAAAUCAAAAUCGACUUUACCUGUAUUAAGACAUUUAAGACCUGAAUUUCGAGCUCAAUUGCCUUUAACAGUAACGAAAAAACGCACCAGUGAAAACACAUCUCCGCAAAAAAUCCCCUCAAUUAAUAUAGUCCAAGAGGAAGAAUCCGUUAAUGGCCAUUGUAAUCCAGCGGACGAGAUGAACUGCGGAUUUCGCAACGAACUCAAACAAAGUACUCCGUGUAAAAAGAGCAAUGAUGUCUGUGAUAGGAAUAAGCCCCGCAAUCAAACGCGUGAAAGCACUGUUAAAGAUGGGCAUUACUUUAUGAUGAUAAUAGAAAAGGAAUCCCAACGUUUACUCGCUUUAGCAAUAAAAGCUGAAGAGGAAUUAGAAUCUCCAGAUUUAAGCGAAGAUGCCAAAGGAUUUUUAAGAUCAGCAUCUGGAAAAGCCAGGCUUUUAGUUACUCAAAAGAUGCAACAAUUUAAAGGAUUAUGUAGAAAUAAUGUAACACAGGUACCAGAUGAAGCUUUUCCAACUACCAAUGAAGACCUCCAAGGUUUUUGGGAUAUGCUCAUGUUACAAGUCAUACAAAUCGAUAAUUUAUUUGCCGAACUCGAAACAUUAAAAGCAAAUAAUUGGGAGGAAAGCCCAGUUCCAAGUAAUGUUUCAACAAAUGGUAAAAACGUUAAAGAAACUAAAAAGGUCGUAAAAGUACCAAGACCUUCAAGUGCUGUAACAGUAGAAAGGAAACUCCGCGAAAUCCAAAGGAAAAAGUUGAUUGAAGAGAAACGAAAAGCAAUGCGUGAACAACAACAAAAUAAAUCAUCCCGGCAAAACAUUGAGAUUUACGUGCCUGAAUCUAGCUGAAAAUCGCUUACAGUGCGAUUACUGUAUAGCUGCAACAUUUAUUUG